AUGGAAUUUACAAGACUGACUGCCCUUGUUGUUGUUGUUUUCGCUGUAGGAUAUGCGGUAUUCUUCAGAUAUAAGAACAAACCAAGUCUCGGUGAAUCUAUUGUAUCGGAUAAAAUUAGUGACGAAUACGAUUACGUCAUAGUCGGUGCCGGAUCUGCUGGUUCCAUUCUCGCGUCAAGAUUAGCGGAGGACGCUAACAAAAGUGUUCUUCUUCUAGAAGCUGGGGACCACUUUGAUUAUGACCAAAAUAUUCAUAUACCCUGGAUGGCUUUAAACUUUUUACAGUCAAAUUUUGCAUGGAAUUAUAAAAGCGAAACAGAAAAAGGAAUAUUUCUAGGAUUGAAAGAAAAAAGAUCUUUGCUGAAUAAAGGGAAAAUUCUCGGAGGAUCAAGUACAAUAAAUGCAUGUAUGUAUGCGAGAGGCAGUCCGUUUGACUUUGAGGAAUGGGUAAAGAAGUAUGGCUGCAAAGGGUGGGGUUAUGAUGACCUACUUCCUUAUUUCAAGAAAACCGAGGAUAUUCAAAUUCCACACCUGAAAAUGUCCGAGUAUCAUGGAAGUGGUGGACCAAUUGCAGUAUCUAAUGCAUUCUACAUCCCUCUUGCUGACCAUUUUAUAAAUGCUGGAAAAGAAAUGGGAUACAUGGAAUCUGAUUAUAAUGGUAAAAGCCAGACAGGAUUUAGUCGUGUACAAACUACUGCGCGGUUUGGAGUUCGAAGUAGCACAGGAUUUGAGUAUCUUGGUAAACGUGGUAAAAGAACAAAUCUUGACAUUUCAGUCAACAGUUUAGUUACAAAAAUAAAGACAGAGGAAAAGGUCGCGACAGGUGUUUUCUUCAUCAAGCAUGGACGUAAACAAUUUGUAAAGGCGAAAAGAGACAUAAUAGUAUCAGCAGGUGCAUUCAAUUCACCGCAGUUAUUGAUGUUAUCAGGCAUAGGUCCGAAAAGACACCUCCAAGAUUUAGGCAUACCUGUUGUACAAGAUUUACCCGUUGGCAAAAAGUUUGAUGACCAUAUUACUAUUGCCAUUUCUGCUAAAAUAAACCAGUCCGUCCAUCUCGACAAAGAAAAGGCACUGGGAUUAUGGUCUUUGCUAGAAUACACACUGUUUGGAACAGGACCUUUAAGCUCUUUAUCUACAGCUGCAGCGUUUCUUCACAUCGACAAGACUAAAAUGGGAAAACAGAGGCCAGAUAUUAUGAUUAUUUCACUACCGACUACCUUUGGUGACAACUUUUUUUCUAAUUACAAUGAAUCAGUUGCAGAGGAGCUUAUUUAUCGUUACAAAAACACGCCUGCAUUUACUGGUUUGGUUUCUCUAUUGCAUCCAAAGGCAAUCGGAUCCGUGCAGUUGCGCAAUACCGAUCCAUUUGACAGCCCACUAUUAGAUACGAAUCAUCUGACUGACAAACAGGAUGAGGAUGACCUUUUAUCUGGUAUCCGACUGUUUGAGGAGCUGGUAUCAACUGAUGCAAUGAAAAGCAUUGGUGCUGACAUAAGCAUCAAUCAAGCGUCAUUUUGUUCUCAUUACAAAUUUAGAUCUGAUGAUUUCUGGAGAUGCAUGAUACGGCACAUUGCACAUAAUUUCUACCACUCAACAAGUACAUGUAAAAUGGGGAUGACAGGUGAUCCAACUGCAGUUGUAGAUUUAGAUCUCAGAGUGCAAGGAAUCAAGAAUCUACGUGUCUGUGAUGCCUCUGUAUUUCCUUCUGUGACGUCAGCAAACACGAACGCCCCAGUUAUGGCAGUCGCCGAAAAAUUUGCAGAUAUGCUUAAGAAAGAAAGACAAUAA